CUAGGAUGUUGCGAUAAUGCUGGCAGCCAAAGAUUGCUGUGGUUGCAGAGAUUAGACGCCUGUGUCGAAACCUCAGUUAGUUAGUAACGUUUUAGCGGAUGACAGACGCAGCGGUUACACAUUUGCACCAGAGACGCAUACUCGUCACCGUUCAACUCGACGCUUAUCGGGGGCUGCUUCGCGCUAAAGGCGUCAGCGAGCGGAAACCAUAUAGUUUUAUAUAUUUAUAUAUAAAAGGAAGCAAUUAAAUAGCAGCACGGACAGUUAGCAAUGAGGCAACAAACCCUCGCUCCACUUUCCUGAAGGAUGGGAACAGCUUUUCGGGUCGCGCUGUCGCAGUUACCCGGAGGAUACAUCUCGUUUGAAGACAUUUUCUUCAGAGUAUAACCUGGAUAACCUUACACGAAAUGUCAUAGCGCUUUAACGGCUAGCACUGAGCUAGCUCGGUAACGGCUGGACGAGAUGGAGAUGGAGCUAUUUUUCCUCAGCAGCCUACCAUGAACAGCUGGCUUGCUGGUUAAAGGAGCACUUUUUUUCUCUCCCGGAGAUGCUUUAACCUCCUGGGCGGUUUAAUACACUUACAUAACUGCUAGCUCUAGUUAUUACCAACUGGCUUGUGUUGGCAGGCAAAUGGGAAAUUUCCCUAAAAGAAUCUCACAUCAUCACCACCACAAGUAAAGAAAAAAAAAAGGAAAAAUAGAGGUAUUAUUUGCAUAUUUUUGAGAGACCAGAAUAGACUGUGGAGAAGUUUACAUUGGGAGCGGAGGUUCUGAUAUAUCGCUGCACAUCAGAGGGUAAAGGAACAGCAUCUUCCCUGCUGCCAUUUCGACACCAUGAGGAAGUUCUUUGAUUCCCGUCGGGAGUUGGUGAGCUCUGGGCCUGGUUCUGGAGGAGGGGGCAGCAGCUCUGGGUCCAGUCACGCCGGAGGAAAUUUCAUUGGCAGAGCCUUCACGGUCGGGAGACACCAAGUCACCGUAGAGGAGAUCAUUGCUGAAGGUGGCUUUGCGAUUGUGUUCUUGGUGAAAACAAACCAGGGAGUGCGUUGUGCCCUGAAGAGGAUGUACGUCAACAAUGAGCAUGAUUUGCAGGUGUGCAAACGGGAGAUUCAGAUUAUGAAAGACCUGGUCGGCCACAAGAAUAUCGUAGGUUAUCUGGACUCCAGUGUCACAGCUAUGGGAUCCCGAGACGUCUGGGAGGUUCUCAUACUGAUGGACUACUGCAAGGGGGGGCAGGUGGUGAAUCUGAUGAAUCAGAGACUUCAGACUGGCUUCACGGAGUCUGAGGUGCUUCAGAUCUUCUGUGACACCUGUGAUGCAGUAUCUCGCCUGCAUCAACGAAAGGCACCCAUCGUCCACAGAGACCUCAAGGUGGAGAACAUCUUGUUGCAUGACAAAGGUCAUUACGUGCUGUGUGACUUUGGCAGUGCCACCAACAAGUUCCAAAACCCACAGACCGAAGGGGUGGCAGCUGUAGAGGAAGAAAUCAAAAAGUACACCACACUAUCAUAUCGAGCUCCAGAAAUGGUGAACCUCUACAACAAUAAGAUCAUAACCACAAAGGCGGAUAUCUGGGCGCUGGGCUGUUUGCUCUACAAGUUGUGCUUCUUCACCCUCCCCUUUGGUGAAAGCCAGGUGGCCAUCUGUGAUGGCAGUUUCACUAUUCCAGAUAACUCGCGCUACUCUUACGAUCUUCAUUGCCUCAUUCGGUAUAUGCUGGAGCCAGACCCUGACAAAAGACCUGAUAUUUACCAGGUGUCCUACUUUGCUUUUAAACUAGCUCAGCGAACCUGCCCUGUUCAGAAUGUGAAGAAUUCUUCAAUCCCUUCCACACUUCCUGAGCCAAUCAAAGCGAGCGAAGCUGCUGCAGCGAAGAAGAGCCAGACUAAGUCCAGACUCACAGAUCCAAUUCCCACCACUGAAACCUCCAUCACGCCUCGUCAGAGGCCCAAAGCCGUGCACACCCAGGCGGCCUCUGGGAUCCUUCCCAUUCAGCCUGCUGCUCUCACCCCUCGCAAGCGGGCUAAUCUCUCUGGGGCUGCAGCUCAGCCUGUGGGAGUCAGUUUAAACCUCUCCCAACCAGCUGCAGCUCUCCAGUCCCAGAAGGCACAGACGUCAGCUCAGCCCUUCAUUCAAACACAAACCAGCUCAAGUCAGGCUGCAGUGCUGCAGAAGCAGAGUGUUCAGCCAGCUGCAGCUGCUGGAGCAGAGACCACAGCAUCGCAAGUGGCCAGGGCAGACGCUGCAGCAGCAGCACAGCCAACAUCCGAGCAACAGGCCUCUCCGUCUGUGGUUAGCUCUGCUCCCACACAGACAGCACAGACUCCGCCCAGCCCGGCGGCGCCUCAGCGCCCAGCUCGUCGAAAACAGCCAGCUCAGGCUCAGCAGCCAGAGGUUCCACCUUCGCCGAGCAAACCGACACCAGGGCAACCAGCAGCAGCUCAGCCGCAGGAAAAACCAGCUCCAACUGAAUCCGUUCCCCCUGAGACCAGUCAAAAAACAGCUCAGACUACUCCACCUGCGACAUCUGAGGACCGAGAUCACAAACGUUUGCCGAGCGACGCAGCAGCAAAUGUUGCUGCAGCCCCAGUCAUUGACUCUACACAGCCACUGCAAGGAGCUAAUGGAGGCGAUGCAGUCAGUCAAUCACCUGCAUCUCAACCAAACACAGUUGACCCUGUUCAGCCGAGCGUUUGCGAUCCAACAAAGGACCAAAACAAAGUUACAACCCCUGGUUCUGCAUCUGGUUCCAACAACAUCUCCUCACAGCCAGCUUGGAACCCGUUUGACGACGACAGCUUCUCCAAAUUCACAGCUGAGGAAUUCAAAACUGAUGACAAAAAUACUGCAGAUAUGCCAUCAGAGACUGAGACAGCCUCCUCUGAAGAGCUGAUUCCAGGUCUGCAGACCGCCUCUGUGGAAAACACUCCUCAAGGGACAGCUGAACGACCAUCUGCUCUUCUGGAAUCAGGAGCGUCUCUUUUGGUUGUCCCAGAUCCUUUUCACACCCUUGAACUGUCAGAUGCUCCUGAGAAGCUGAUUGAAGGACUCAAAUCUCCUGACACCUCUUCCCUAAUACUUCCUGAUCUGCUGUCAUUGUCUGAUCCGUUUGGAGGGUCUGUGGAGUCUGUUCAAGACCCUCUCACUGCAGAUGGCUCUCUCCUGGGCUGCUCUCUCAUCUCUGGUCCCCCCGCAGCACCAAGCAGUGCCACCUCCUCCGUCUCCUCUGCUCCCACCUCUGCCACCUCUGCUCUUGAUGAUUUCAGCCUGCUGUCUGGAGACUCUGUACAGCCUAAAGCGGACUCGUCUCUCCUGAUCUCAGACUUUGAAACCCAGCCGACCAGCGCAGAGGCUGCUACAGAGGAUGACUUUGAUCCCAUUCCCGUCACAGGCCGAAAGAAUUCCCAAGUUUCAGGAGGCCACUCGCGCAGUAACAGUGGUGGCUCUGAAUCCAGCCUGCCAAGCUUGGCCCGCUCCCUGAUGCUGGUGGACCAGCUCAUCGACUUGUAGAUGGCCCCCAUUUUCCUCCUUCGUAGAAGCUGUAACUCUGGAUAAUAGUCCGGCAUAGCAUAACAAUCAGCAGUGUUGAUAUGGAUAGCUCCCUGCACCCCCCUGACUUCCCCCUUCAUCAUAGAAACAUCCCUCGCCUGUCAGCGCUUUUUCAUUCCUGCUUUCUUUCAUCGAUAGUCCGCCAUCUCUUCACGCUAACAUUUCAGCUUUGCUCUCGUCACCUUGCAUUAUUUAUGAUCCGUUUUAGAACAAGCAGCCAUUCACCGUCCAUUUAAAGACGAGUCAUGGUAGUUCCUUUGUCAAUCAGGAUAAAAACUAUCAGUUUAUUUGAAGAAUACUGCAUUAUGUCUAAUAGCAAACAAAAAAGAUCAUUGUCGUAUUGUAAAAUAGGCAUAGUUCUAAGUGGUCGUAGUUCUCGUGCACAAGUGAAUUUGUUGUCGUUUGCCUUCUUAGAUUUUCCUCCCUGAGUUUAUUUGCACAGAAAAUUAAAACAUGGAAAAGUUUAGAGCGCACUUAUUCAGAUGAGGUUUAUUUGAAACAACAAAGCCCAAACGUUUCUGAAUCUGAAGCCUGAUUUCUACGGAUGCAAAAUGUUGAACUUCUUGGAGCUCUUGUUGGAGGAUAUUUACAACUUUGAAGCUGCUGUGGUUAAGAGUGUAAAUAUGUGAAUGUCCAUCCUAGAAGCGGAGGAGUCAUAACACAAAAUGUUGAAGUAAUCUGAGAAGCAAUGAGAACAACAAUGCAAAUAUUAAAUAUAGCACUCCAUAAUUAUUGGUUACCCUACUGAAGAUUGUUUUUUAAAACAAGAAAAAAGCUUAGAAAUAUUUUUUCUAUGUAGAGGGUCAAAUGCCUCUUUUCCAUUGCUAACUUAUCUACUCAGGUCAGGUCAGUUAAAUUCAGAUUAAUUCAUUUUCUAUUACAAAUAUGUUGUAUCGUGGUGAGGGGGGAUCUUUAAUAGCAAGAUGGCCCUACGGUCUGGCAUGAUGUGGUCUGUAGCGACACAGUAGCCUGCUCCAUUUAUGGCUGUGGUGAGACUCAGAGGGAAAGAGAAGAGCCAAAGGAAGGCCGGAGCUCCUAAAUGAGGAAACCUAGAUAUGUAAAGGACAAAGAGAAGCAAUGCAUUAACAGUGGUAUUAUGCCACAGUUUCAGUAGUACUAAGCUUUUAGUUGUUUUGCUCUGAUAGUAGAUAGCUUUGAUUGUUUACUGAUUUAAAGGUUUACCAGGGUUUUUAGAAAGCAUCUCUUCUGUGUUUCAAAGGCCUUUAGUGGGAAAGUUUAUUUUUAGGUUAUCGUACCUAUUGCUAUUUGACACAUGCCUAGAUUUCAGUGAAAUCGCUUAUUUUCUUGUCUUUUCCAAUAAGAAAAUUAAUAAAAUUGUGCCUCUGGACACAAUAUUUUUACGCACCAGGGAAAAACAACAACCUGUAUUGCUAAUAAAUACUCAUUUUAUAAAUCAAAAAUCAAAAAUGUGCAUUGGUGUGAGCGGAUGAUUUAAUUAUUUCUGACCAUGGACACUGCUGACUAAGCAACUCAAAUGAAAGUUGAUCAAAGCAUUUUCUGUUUAACAUUACGCUGCCCAAA